ACAGGAACAAAGUAAAAAAAAAAGAAAAAACUGGAAUUUCUUCCUUUGGCUUUUCAUCUUCUCCCAAUGACAGGAAUUUAAUUAGAUGGAAACAAACAAAAACUUGCAGGCCCAAUUGCAUGUUUUGUAUUUGGUUUUCCUUUCAUUCAAUCGUUUUGGUCUAACAAUGAUAAUGACAAUGGGUUUCUUGGCUUUCUGAGAAUCUCCCCCCACAAAGUCAAAAUCUCUUCGACCGAUUUAGAGAAAGAAAGAGAAAAUUCACACGCCAUGGAAGAAUCAAGUGAAGUGCACUCUGAUGAGAAUAAAGUUUCUCAAGAUAAUAAGAAAAGGCAACUCAAGACGCCCUCCCAGGUUAUGGCUUUGGAGAAAUUUUACAAUGAGCACAAAUAUCCUACAGAGGAAAUGAAAUCAGAACUUGCUGAGGAGUUAGGAUUGACUGAAAAGCAGAUAUCUGGAUGGUUUUGCCACAGAAGGUUAAAAGACAAACGAUCAUUGAAAGUUGAAAAAUGUUCUAGUGGACGGCAAGAACGUUUAAGCGGCAUCAUUCAGGAUCUUGGUAGUGGAUUCGGUCAAGACUCAUGUGGCAGCACUAAACAUGCGGAUUAUAGGCAUGUCGAUCCAAGGGAAGUGGAGAGUCGGAGGCUUUAUGAUAAAGGGCAUGAUUUUCCAGCUGCAGACCUCAGCCAUGAAAAUAGGAGUCAUUAUACAGAAAGAGUUAGUGGCAUGGAUAAUACAUCUUCUGAAAGUAGCUCGUCACUACGAGAUGGUUUUUCUCCAACCGAGGAUCCUCAUAUUGUAGAAUCUUCGAGGUAUCUAGCACAGGAUGGACUUGUUGCCCCUUUAAAUUCCAAGGGCGCCAGGCAUAUGGGAUACAAGCCCUCUGGAUAUCUAAAAGUUAAGGGUGAAAUAGAAAAUGCUGCUAUUACGGCUGUUAAGAGGCAGCUGGGACGGCAAUAUCGCGAAGAUGGUCCACCACUGGGUGUCGAAUUUGAUCCACUUCCUCCUGGUGCAUUUGAAUCCCCAAUUAGGGAUCCUGUUCAUGAACCUUAUUAUGCGGGGAUUCCAGUUCUUUCUCAUUCUCCUGAUAUUUCUGUAGUGAAAAGGCAGCCCAGUCCUAGUACUAGAUAUGAAGUACAUAAUUCUAAGUUGAGUUCUAGAGACUCAUAUUUGCAAGAAGCUCCUGGUAUCAUGCAUGGGGUCAACCAUCAGGAGAAGAAGCAUUGCAAUCAAUUAAGACAAAAGUCCACUUAUCUUGAUCAUACUAGUAACUUCCCUGGCCGAAACUCGUCCUUGGAUAUGUGUGAUGAUUCUAGUUAUAAAAGCAACAGGAGCCGUAAAAUGGGCUCUAAACAUGGUGCUGAGGGAAUGACAUCAGAUUCUUUUCUUAACCAUCAAGGCCAUUAUGGUGGAAAAAUUGCUAGCAAACCAUCACAGUCUGGGUUACAUGAGGAUGAUGUCCUAAGCCCUAAGAUUGUCCAAAGGAGUGAACACUCCAAGUUUAAGGCCUCAAUCUCAACAAGAAAUCAUUGUGGGACACCUGAUAUUGAGGAGAAAGGAGUAUCGACUAUGAUGGCACAGGAGGAUAAAUUUGGUGGGGAAGGAAAGGCCAUGAAAGAUGUGAAAGUAAAGAUGAGGCCUGUAAGUGAAAUGCUGGUGGCAAAACGAGUCAAAGUUGAUUUUCCACGGCAAGAAAAUGUUACAAAUUCAUCCUUCUCUGAGAUGCUACCUCGUAAGAAUCACAUGAAAGGAUCUGCCUCGGAGCUGCCAUCUAGCUUCAGUGAGGAUGAAACUGCUGAAACCAGUUCUUCUGCCGAUUGAGGUUCUGGUAAUCCAUGGAAUGAUAGACAACAUGAAGAAAUUCUCUAGGCUCUUGAGCAUUGUAUAGUUGGAUAAUAGAGGAUUUAUGUGGCAUAGUAACUCCAGAAGUACUAAAAGGAUCUCUGUCAUCACCAGCUAACUCCAUUUAUUCCGGCUACCAGUUUCAUCCGCUCAAGUACUCGCCUGUUCAUAAGUGUAGAAAAUAAUUUUUUUGUAUUUGAUUUGAUUUUAUUGCUUGAAUUUGCUACAGAUUGAAGUAGUUGAUUGUAAAUGUGGUCUUCCAUGAUCUGCUGCUACACCAGAGCUACCCUAAACAAGAUUGAACACUUUUUUUUAGUAGUUACGUGAUGGUAGUUCCUACAGGUUGUUAUUGCUUGC